UCGCCAGGGACCGACGUUCGUCCGGUUCUCAUCCACCUUGGUCUUAAGCACGACGCGACGGUCGGAUGCUGGCUUCAGCGACGCCCCUCCCGCCUCCCGCCCCGCUGUCAACAUGACGCAGUGGAACGAUGCGACGAAGUACAUGCGCAUUGCCGCGGUGUGCUUCUUCGUGUAUGACUGGGCCUUGACGCUGCCGGCGGAGAUCAGACUAUACAGGCGACAAGGCAUUGGUCGUCCAAGCGUCGCAUGUAUUCUCCUUAUUCUCGUUCGUUACCUCGGCGCAAUUGCCCUCGUCUUCAACAUGCUGGGCUUCUUCGCGCACUUCUUCGACGACAUCGACGGUGACAUCUGCCGCGGCUACUACCGCAUUAUGCCGAUAACUCAAUGCCUCGCUUCUUGGGCAAGCCAUAUCGUCUUCGUUUUGAGAACAUGCGCAAUUCUCAACAACACCCGCGGAUAUGUCGUCUCACUAUCCCUUCUUGCGGUUGUCGUCUGUGCUGCGGAGCUCUUCGCGCAGCUAUGGUCCUUCAACCGUUUCUCGGUCGGCACAACUGGGAACUGCCUCAUUCAGUACUCCAAGGAUCGCAAUAUCAGUUAUGUGUACUACCUUGCCUCAUGUCUCUUCGACAUGGUCAUCCUCGUACUCACAUAUCGCGGUCUCGCCCUUCGACACGCACAGGAGAUGCGACAUGAGGCCGCCCGCAGCUUCCACGCAGUCCUCUGGGGCUCCUCCAUUCUCUACUUCAUCGUCACGACUGUCUUCAACCUCCUCAACCUCGGCUUCUACGCCGCCUACAACAACAGCAAUGCAACAAUCCUGGGUCCUCUGGGUAUCGCCAUGACUAGCAUGAUGAGCGCGCGCGUUAUCCUCAACCUGCAUGACUACGCCGAAGCUCGGCGAGCGGAGUAUGCGCUUAGCAGCCCACGAUCCGUAACAUCAUGUCGCUGGCGCUCCCUAUCCCUUGGCGAGACCGGGCAGAACGGCAUCUCCCCAAUGAGCCCCGUGUUUGCGACGCCAUACCGCUCCGUCCACGAGAAGCUCUCGCACCCGGAGAUCCACACCACCGACGACGAGGAACAGAGCCCAGGGAUAGUCUUGCCUACGGUCAGCUCAAGAUAUGGACAGCCGAGAUCAUAUCACAGUCGACAUCUGUGAUCUCUUUGGGUGGCGUACGACCUUCACGUCCGAGCACCGCGAGCCAUAGCUGUCCCACUAUCCCGUACUCUCUGUGUAGCAAGCUGAGCCACUCCUUCAAAUUGUAUUAUUAGUUCUCCGCUUCGGCGGUCGUCUCCCUGCAUAGACUGGAUCCCUGUUA